ACCCUCGAGCGGUCUUCAUCUCCCGAAGCGGCCGCGGCGGAGGUCUGGGCUUGGAAGUGCGGGCGGCGGGGACUGUGGGGCUAAGGCGAGGAAGAGGGAAGCACGAUAAGAGCACGAUGGAUGCAACGAACGGCGAGGGUCGAAGGCUGCCGCCGCCGUCGUUGUCGUCGUCGGCAGGCGGACACACGCUGGUCCAAGGGGAAGACAACAGCUCCUCUUACUCUUCGUCGAGGAAGAAGCCACCCUUUCGACUUGUCCAGGACGAUACCAAACCCAUGCUCAGAGACCCCAUUCUACGAUCAGAUCCGAUUGAGACAGAGGAGGCGGUGCUCCGGCUGCCGCCUUUUCCUUUGAAAGCGCUGCCUCAACAUGUGAAACCCUAAUGGCACAUGGUUUGGUGGCAUGCUGAACACAAGCAGAAUUUGGUAUUCCAAGCAGUAUAUUGUAGGUUGUCAGUGCGGACACUUUGUGAUAAGCUUUGAGAAGCAGGAAUUCACAACAUCAACGUCUAUCCUACUAAAAAGGCUCCCUGGUGCUGCUUGUAUUUUCGGCCGGUCGAGUUGUACUUUUGCUUUCCUUUCAUUUUACAGUCCUUGAAUUUCUCUAAUGAAACAGAAACUAGUUUCAUGAGCCUUGGUUACCAUUUAAAUCAGUUGUCCAACUUUCGGUCUCUGGAAGGAAAUGUAUAUAUAAGAAAUUUGUACGAUCAAGAAAGCCAAGAUCGAUUAGAAAGGCGUGGGAGACCCAUAAGGAAUCUGUUGAUCAUGCCAAAAAUGAAUGAUGGAGAAAAAUGAAAAAGGCAGUAUUAUCUAAUGGUAAA